GGACUUGGGAACCGGGAGAUAGAGGACUGGGGAGAUUUCGCGAGAACGCUGGUGGCCAGAGGGCUGUGGGAGAGCUGGACGAUCCUAGAGGUCCUAGAGGCUAGAUGAUAGAGGACUUUUUGCGUGUCAGAGCAAGGGUCAGCCUCUCUGAGCAGCUGGAAGCACUAAGCUUAGGACCAAGCUGUGGACUACAUUUCCCAGACGGCUUUGCUCCCUGGGCUGUCGUACUGAGACUAGGGCGUGUCUGGGAGGAGCAGCCACAGUCCGGCAAGGCUUGCUGGGGCAUCUCUCUCCGCUUGUGCAGCCGCAGCAGCCAUCCCGCAAGAUGGUCGGGGUCCUGCUCCUGCUCCUCCUUCUCCCCUUUUUCCUGUACAUCGCUGCACCCAAAAUCAGGCCAUAAAGUGCCAGUUGUGGGCAGAUUGACAUUAAGUGGACCAGUUCUUGCUUGUAGGCUGAGUCUUGUGAUUCCCCAAGCCUGUCGAAGAGCUCAAACUGAAGCCAGGAAAAUGCUGUCUAGUGGGGUGUGUACAUCAACUGUCCAGCUUCCUGGGAAGGUGGCUGUGGUCACUGGAGCCAACACAGGCAUCGGAAAGGAGACAGCCAAAGAGCUGGCUCAAAGAGGAGCCCGCGUGUAUUUAGCGUGCCGGGAUAUCCAAAAGGGGGAAUUGGUGGCCAGAGAGAUCCAGACCAUGACAGGGAACCAACAGGUGUUGGUGCGGGAAUUGGACUUGGCUGAUACUAAAUCUAUUCGAGCCUUUGCUAAAGAUUUCUUAGCAGAGGAAAAGCAUCUUCACAUUUUGAUCAACAAUGCAGGAGUGAUGAUGUGUCCCUACUCUAAGACAGCAGAUGGCUUUGAGAUGCACAUGGGAGUCAACCACUUGGGUCACUUCCUCCUAACCCAUCUGUUGCUAGAGAAGCUGAAGGAAUCAGCCCCAUCAAGGGUAGUGAAUGUGUCUUCCCUAGCGCAUCACCUGGGGAGGAUCCACUUCCAUAACCUGCAGGGUGAGAAAUUCUACAAUGCAGGUCUGGCCUACUGUCACAGCAAGUUAGCCAACAUUCUCUUCACCCAGGAACUGGCCCGGAGGCUCAAAGGCUCUGGCGUUACAACGUAUUCUGUACACCCUGGCACAGUCAACUCUGAAUUGGUUCGGCACUCACCUUUCAUGAAGUGGAUGUGGUGGCUUUUCUCCUUCUUCAUCAAGACCCCUAAACAGGGAGCCCAGACCAGCCUGUACUGUGCCAUAACGGAAGGUCUUGAGAUACUAAAUGGGCAUCAUUUCAGGGCAAGCAAGGAACCUGCCCCAGCUCUCUCUCAAGGGCUGAAAGCUAAUGUUUAGUCAGGAUGCGAACUGAGGAAAUGAGAGCCGCCAGACGGGGCGAUGAUAGUGAAGAUGAUUUCCAAACGCUUACGGAUACCAAACUACUGCUUGUCAGCACCACCCACUGGGCCUGUAGCAUUGACAGAACCACCGCCCCCGCCAGCGCGUGACUUCGGAGUCCGAGUGGCUUCCACGCCGAACUACAGCCCCCGGCAUGCACUGCAGCGACCGCCCCUCACCGGAAGGCGGGGCCCUGGAGACAGGCGGUCGCGCUGCCCGUCCCGCGGGUCCCCCACAGUCCCUUCCGUUGUGGCGCUCUCCCCAACCCUGAACUGGGUAUUUCCGGGGCUUCAGGACUCCGCUCGCUCCGAUGCACCACCACCCUCCCGGGAAUCGCCCAGGCGGGCAGCCCACCAGACUUCCCAUCAGGCUUUCGCGCCCGCCGCUCCCUCAGUGACGGUAUGAACGGGGUGGGCGUUCCGGCUCGGGAGGACCCCGCCGCGGCCCCGGAAGCGCCUCGUCCCCGGCGGUGGUGGCGGCGGUCGCCGUGAUGCCUGCGGGACUGGGUGGCUGACCGCCGGCACAGGAGCGGGGCCAGUGCCCAAAAUCUCGGAGGCCGCUGCUCGAGCGCGGCCUGCGCCAUGGCCACCUCCGCUGCCUCUUCGGAGCAUUUCGAGAAACUUCACGAGAUCUUCCGCGGCCUCCAUGAAGACCUGCGAGGGGUGCCGGAGCGGCUCCUGGGGACAGCGGGGACAGGUGAG